GAUGGUGAAUUCUAUUACAAACACAGCCUUCCUUCUGACGGAUGUCCUACAGGCAGCUGUAGACAAUGGGGACUUUACCAUACAGGGGGCUGAUGCAGAUGUGAUGUCUUUAGAAAUAUCUUUACGAGGGCCUGUCUGUCUGGAAGGGUACCAAGUGGCUGGGAAUUACUGUGUUGAGUGUGGGCCUGGAACAUACUUCUCUACAGUGACCAAGACAUGUCAAUCUUGUGCUAGAGGUCAAUACCAAAACCUUUGGGGACAGACCAGCUGUAAGAUGUGUCCAAACAGCUCCCCCAUCACCUGGGGUCAGGGGUCAACGUCUGUCUCCAACUGUUACAUUGCAUGUGGCAGUGGACAUUACUAUGACUACCGGGAUGGCAUGAAAGCUUGUCUAGCCUGCCCUAAAGGUACCUACCAGCCGGUUAAUGGAACCUUCUAUUGCAUGGAGUGUGACAUUGGACUUACUACAGCUAAAACCAGAACAAAAAACAGCCGAGACUGCAUUGAUCCCGACUUGAUCACUACAGAGUCCACGACAGUAGACAACAACGCAGUUGUCGGCCAAAGCAUGGCAGAAGACACAGGAUUAUCAGAUGAGAUUGUCAUCGCUAUAGCCAUCCUUUGUUUCUUCAUACUCAUCGUCUUAGUCAUCUUCAUCUUAAUAUGUAUUUGUAAAAACAAAAUUUCCUUUCUGCAAUCUAAUGAUAUAACUGAAGAAGAGAUAUCACAGAAAAGCAGAUUUGGGGAGGCAAAAAUAGACUUCAUUACUAGACGACUCAAUAAAGUUCGGCAUCAGAGAGGCGCUCAGCCCAUUUAUGAGAAACGACACCAACGUCAUUCUUUCCGUCACCAUGACAACAUGUCUUACUACGAGGACGAUCCAAUGUCGCCCAGGCAUUACCAGAACAUGCCUCCAAGUAGUCAUCGGUAUCCAAGGGAAAACGAGAGUUAUGCCCACUCCAUACAAUUACGCAGAUAUGAGGAAUCAUUAACAGACGGAUACUCUCCCAGGAGAAGUAGGACAAGAAAACUUUCUCCUCUGGAUGGUGCCAGGACUGCUGACCUCGUCACCAAGUCAAAAUCUAAAAAGAAACGUCGGAGUGAAGACGGGACUAAAAAACGUGUAAAAAAGAGUUCUCGGAACUCUGAAGCUCCGAUUAAAACUGAGGUACCACUCAAUCAGUUACCAGAUAGUUCCAAACUAAAGGAAGCUGGCUGGUCAAACAACACUGCCAGGAACGCGCCAGCAGCUGAACCUAAACCAGAAGUUCAUCCGAACGCAUUCAGUGACUCGGAGGCCAGUGAUGUUGACAUAAUCAAGAAAUCAAAGAAAACAUCCAAGGCUUAAUAUAGUGCUUAUUUUUCUAGAUUUUAGUUUGAUAUUUCAUCAAAUGAUAUUUAGGUUGGAUAUUAUAUCUUUUUUUUUUGCCUCGAUAUAUCUCUUGUUUCUACCUGGCAAUUAAAUACCCAGCUAGCUUAUAUAGAGUUACAAAUAUCCUCAAAGCCUGAUUAGAUAUUACAUGUAUAUGGAUUGCUUCAUCAUCUUUAAAGUUUUACCAACUUAUGUUAUAUAACUUUAUGAGAAAUGAUAGAAAAGAAAACAGAUGACUUAUUUAUGACAUUUUUUAUUAAAUAGAUAGAUAUAUAUAUCAGUAGCAAGAUAUGGAUUAUUUUAUGAUCUCAAAAGAGUUUUACCAAAGUCUUCAAAGAUCGAGCUUUAUCUCUUAUCAAAUUGUUCAAAUAAGAUUUCCUUGGAUGCCAGAAAAGCAGGUGGAGCCUACAUCAAAUAUUGGGAUAGAAAUUGAAAUUAAAUCUUGCACCAGCACUAAUUAGAAAAUAAAUAAUAAAAAACAAUGUUUUUGAUAUGAUGAGGAAAACAUUUUUACCAUGAUGUCCUUAUAAUUGUUUCAUGUAUUUAACAAAACUAAUAUUAUUUGUUGUGAUUUAGAUAUAUGUUACUCAUGUACAGCUAAAAGUUAUAGUUGUCUUAUAGUGGUGAAGUCGGGGUUGGGUUGAAAUGUAAUAUUUAAUUUGAUUUAGUUUUAAAUCAGUUUAAUUUAAAUAUGUAAUGUGUCGGGUGAUAUUAUAUAUAGUAAUGAAUAUUAUACAAUAAUGACACUUUGUCAUAAAUCUUUGUAUCAUUGAACAUUUAAUUAUCAAAACCUGAGCAAAGAAAGCGAAAGUUUUGAUCACACAUCAUUUAAACUGCAUCUUAUUACAUGAUAUUCACACCAUGUCAUUAAUAUCACAUGUUUGAUAAAACAUCAUAUUGCACUCGGGCAUAACUUGACAGAAUGUGUCUGACAAAUCUGAUUGGCUGAAAUUACGCUAGGUCAAAAGGGCACUUGCACCAGCAUGCAAACAAUGUUUUAUCACUUUAGCAGAAUUUACAUAGAUGUUAUAUGGAAUAACACAUAUUGCUGUUAAUCGGAUGUAGACCAAUCAGCAUCUGGUACAAAACUGAAAAGAACUAGUGAUCAUCAUGAUUAUAAGUCCACAUAUAUAUUUACAGGGUUUUGGAACAUCUGUGUGUAGACACUUACUUGUCCCGAGUACUACUGUUACAGUUCAUAAUAUCUUGUACUAGUGAUAUGAUGAAUGGAGUUGUCCCCAAUUAAUUGAUUACAUGAAUAGUUUUUGGAGCAAAAUUUCUUAUUUUCUCAAAAAAAAUCAAAAUGCUUUGAUAUAAGUACCUUUGGGAAGCUUUGUUUGGCUGAUUUAUUUAGUAUUCUAAAGAGUUAUGCCCCUUUAUACAUUCUCCGCAUAACUUCGAUGAAGGAAUUUACUUGUAGACCUUCAUUUAGAUUAAUUACUAUUUAAAUCAUUGAUGACACAAUGUGCUAUAUCUUGCAACUCAUACUGAGGAAAAGAAACGAAAAUUAUUGUAUUAUUUUUAUUGUGAGAUAUUUUACACAUACAUGUAAUGUAGAAAUCUUUUAACAUUCUCUACCUUAAAAUGGUAUUUUAAUAGAUUUUUAUUAGAAAAGUGUGAAAAUGUUGUGAUAUUUAUAUGGUUUUUUUUUAUAUAAAACUUUUAUACCAAAUAAUUUGAAAUGUGAAUGGUACAUGUAGAUUGUAUUUAUACUCUAGUCCUGUUUUAGUUUGAUCUUGGAAAAUUGACAUAAUUUAUCAGAAAUUAUACAAUAUUUAGUACAUAAAAAAUCAUUGGAAUGGGUAAAUCAUAAAUUAUUAUUUUUUACUAACACUAUGCAAACUUAAAAAUAUAAAUCAAAUAUUAGAUAAUUCAAAAGAAUUCCUAGUAUUUUAUUCCAUGUAUAUUUUACAUAUGAAGUAAUUAUAUGUUUUAUCUUGCUGAUGAGUAGAGUAUUGUAUACUGUGUUUCAUGAAGUAUCAUUUUACUAUUACCAUUGUCUUGUCAUUUAUUACAAUUUUUGUUGUACAGUUUAUUAGGCGAUGUUUUAGUUUAAUUUAGCUUGAAAGAUAAUUGCUUUGAUAAUUAGCCUUUUUUAAAGGAAAAUGAUUUAGAUGUAUUUAUUAAUUUGUAAGAAAACUGAUUUAUAAGUGCCAUAUAGCUUUGUAGGAAUCAUUUCAUGUUAAACCAAAGCAUGUUUCCUGAGUAGUUAGUAAAUGCUACGCACUAGUGUACUAGUCUAUGGAAUGAUAACUUCAUAGGGUUUACCCUGUUGUCUUUGAUUUUCUGCCUGUUAGAUCUAUAAUGACAUUAUACAAUUAUUAAAGAAAAAAAAGAAUAUUUUGUGAAUUCUUUCAGAAUGUAAACAAUGCUGAAUGGUAUCUUCUUUUCAUGAUUCCCCUAUUUAACCUAUGAUGAUAUAGAUAAUUUCAAGGGAAAUAACUCUUGUCAAGAAGCCAGUAAUUUGUGAAUCCUACCACGAUUUGUCAUUCCCUGCAUUCGAUAGUGAAUUCCAAAAAGGAAGACAUAUCUCUAAGUAGACAAACUCUGAGGUGAUACAUUUUGAUUAUGAUGCAAUCUUUAUUUAGAUUUUAAUAUUUUGAGUAUGAAAAUUGAAUAACUGACGUGUAUUAAUACUAAAGUAGUACACAUAGGUAAUACACAUUUCAUUGUCUUAUAUUAUAUAAUAAUGGUGGGUUUUAAAAUAAUUUCAUUACAAUACGAGAAAUAUUUGUUUCAAUCUGUUGCUUUUUUCAUGAUUGAACCUGACCUCAAUCUGUAAUGCUUACAUUUGUACAUUGACCUUUGACCCCUAAGGUUACUGUGAUAUUUGUUAUACAUAUGUGAUUGUACUGCUUAAAAGGAAUAUAUGUUAUUUACAUCUGUGUCGAACUGUCUGUGAUAAGAACUAACAUAACUGUGAUAUGUAUCUAUUUGAUGUAAAUAUACCUAGCUUUUUUUAUCUUGCACAUUAUAUAAUGAGUUUGCUUGCCUAUCACAGGAUUUGCAGGCCCUGAACAGUUUCCAAGUUUCGACACAAGAGACACUUUGUAAAUGAAAUUAAGUAUUACUCUGUACUCUGUAAAAAUUGUACAUGGAAAAAAAGGCAGAUGAAAAUACAAAAGUUAUGUAAGAUAUUGGAAAAAAGACCCGAUUAUUUUUUUGAUGUUAUGUAUGUUCAAGAGAAGGUUUUAGGCCACCUGGUCUGAAGGACUGGUAAGUUAAGACCAUAGCACAGCGCCAAUCGGUCAAUUUUACACUAUUACAUUAUGCAGUCUUGAACCAUUGAAUAAAUUUCAACCAAAAGUGUGGAGUGUUCUUGGGAGAAUGGGAACUAAUUUUGUAUAAAGGUGUGCCUGCUGUCAAGGAUAGGGGCACAAUAUGGGAUAUAUAGCAAAUUGGUUAAAAUGCUUUUUAUUUAGCAAUAAAAGGACUUGGUCCAUAUUUUUGGUAUCAAGCAUAGUUGGAAAAAGGGAUCCGAUAUUAUAUAAAAGGUAAAGUCCCGGAUUGUUGCAUGAGUUUGGGCCCAAUCGGGGAAAUAUAGCAAAUUCUUCAUAAUCCUUCUGUAGAUUUCACAACCUUUACUGCCAUAUCCAGGUGACCAAAACAGGCCCACUGGGCAUCUUGUUUGCAUUAUUAUAUCUUUAAAAACUAACGUUGUGUUACAGAAUAUUACUAGAGUCUCAGUUAUUCAUUCAUUAUAUCGGGGCCAAGUGGUUAAGGUGGCUGACACUAGCCCUCCACCUCUGGGUUGCAAGUUGGAAACCUACGUGGGGCAGUUGUCAGGUACUGACUGUAUGCCAGUGGUUUUUCUCUGAAUACUCUGGUUUUCCUUCACCUCCAAAACCUGGCAGGUCCUUAAAUGACCCUGGCUGUUAAUAGGACGUUAAACAAUAAAAAAAAACAACAAACAAACAAACAAUCAUUCAUUAUGUUGCAUCCUGUCUGUUCUUUAACAAUCUAAUCAGUAUUUGUUCUAUCAUCAAAAGUUUUGAUAUGUGUACUUUUUGUUCUCUAUUUUUGGCUAAUAAAUCAGACUUUUUACCAAUAA